CACAUUUUUCCUCUCUCUUUGCUGUGUUGCGCUUCUUUUUGUUCUUCUUUGUUUGGGUCGUCGUGGCGAUCCUCCGUGAAUGAGAGAGGGAGAGAGGAACAAGAGAGUGUGCGUGAGAGAGAAUGAGAGAGUCGUAUGCUUUUUUUCUGUUUAGAGAAUUUUCGUCGUUUUCGGGGGGGCUUCUCUCGAAUCCCAAAAAGGGCUAAAAUGCGGUCGCUAAACUCUCGUUGCCAACGCGAAAUCCGGCGAUUGUUGAUGCAGAAGAGCGUGCAAGAGAGAACGAGAGAGGAAGAGAUGUGCGUUGUUGGGAGCAAGUGACGCUGGAAUGUGCGUGCAGGCGGCCCACAGUCGGUUGAUCAAAUAUCUUGGAAUAAUUUGCAGAAUAAAUGAUGCUCCCAAUCGUGCAGGAGGCGAGGGUGGCACAUUUUCCGCGCCACUUUUCCUACGACCAGAUCCACCAGCAAGCGGGGUGACGACGUAGAAGAGAAUCCGAUGCCCGAGUGAGAGCGAGAAACAAGAGAGAACGCAAGAGAGAACGAGCGACGGCGGCUGUUUGCGUCCAAGGCGGCCGCGUCGUUGAAUAGGGCCUUUCCUGUGUCUCGGGAUCGAGGAGUUUCUGGUAGAAUGAUGAUGGCGUUCCACGGCCAAAAGCAAACGUGCGUAAUGUGCUGAUGUCUCGUAGAAGGAGGCCGAUAUUAUGAAAAUUCAUAGCUACAGCACCAGUCGACCACAGGAGAAAGUGAUAACGCGAUCGGCCACCACUAGCCAGACGCAGGAGGUGAACGGUACCCCCGAGAGCAAGAAGAAGCAGCAGAAGCAGCAGCAGGAUUCGGUUCCCAUCAUAGUCCGCAGCAGCGCACGACAGCAACAGCGAAAGGAAUCGAAAGCAGCAGCCUCAUCAUCAGCAUCGACCGUACCGUUAUCGUCGUCUCCUGCACGAUCGUCUGUCCAGGAGCGCAAGAAUAUCUCUUCAGUCAAACGGUCGACGGUGGUAGAAGCGGGUAGUGGCGCCGCUAAGCGUUCUCGUCGUCAGCAACCGUCAGAAGAACGUGAGAUUGAUUCGAACCGCCAGGUGAAGAGGGAAUCGUCUAUCGAGUCACAAGAGUCCGCUACAGAAUCCCCGGAUCAGAAGGAACAACAAGCAACUACCACGAAGCAACGUGCUCAGAGUGCUAGUGCGUCCUCUACGCCAGUUUCCAAAGGCGGUAGUACGCCGUCCAAAGGAACCCAAUCGAAGGAAGCACUCCUGUCACCAGCGGCUAGCAGCUCCACGGAAACUGCACCGGAGAUAAAAGGAAGGAGACCCGCAGUGACCAACGGGUUGGAUAUCGAGGACGAGCUUGCGUAUUUCCAUCUUCCGAAGGGUAGCCACGCUGUAGCGAAGCAGGGCAACGUUGUCAUUUCCACCGGCAAACGGCAGGAGGUGGAUAGUGAAGACGACGACGGUGGAACGUCCUCAUCGACGGCAUCGGCUAUUGAAGAUAUUUGCGAUAUGGACAGUACACACAGCAGCAGUCGCCACAGUCAUGGCGGCACAUCGAUCAAUCGAUUCCGUAACGUGAACGUGAAGCUGGCGAAAAUUGGCACAGAAACGGUGGUGGACGACAGCACAACAACGAUUCUCAUGUCGGAAGAGGACUACCACCAGCACCAGCUGCAGCAACAGCGGCAGGAGGAGGAACAGUCCAUGAUCGAGGAGUACGAGACCGGUGUCCUGGUAACAGAAGACAUGGAGGAUACCGACGGUGCAGGCGGCGGUAGUGGUGCUAGUGGAGGAAUCCUUUCCGGCAAUCCGUUAUAUCGUAAAAAGGUGAAACGAAAAUUGAUCGGACGAUAUCCCUCGCUUGGUAGCAGCAGUACAGCAGCAGCAAACGCUGGUAACGUCGCUGGCAUUGGUUCGAUUUCCUCGACGAAGGCAAAGCUCCAGAUGGUGCAUGAAUUCCCGACCCUGUUUCUGGGCCUCCGAAGGAAUCGAAUGUUUCUGAUCAACUCCCUGGCCCAGUGCUUCGAUCUGAACCAGCGCGACAUCAUCCUGACACUGCGCAAGAUAAAACUCAACGAGAGCAGUGCCCGGUUAGCCGUCAUUUUCGGUCUCGGCGUAAACGAGGUCGAUCUGCUUGUACACAAAAACGUGCCUAAGAUUGCGGACUGCCUGCGGAACUUCAUCCUGUGGCCGGACGAUUUCACCAUGAAGCUGAACGUGCCGAUCAAACUGCGACAACACUUCAGUCGCAUUCAUCUGAUACUGAAUUAUCUGGUGGUGCGCGUAAACCAGAACGUCGUCCGGUCGCUGUCACUGCUGGCUAACAUCGACAGUGCGGCAAGCUAUUGUCCGACGGAACAGUGUCACAAGCUCAAGUUUCUGAUCGCCUCGACGCUUGAUGGGUGCGUGUGUUUCAUAUCGCGUGCCUUUGGCAUACAAACCGACGACGAGCAGGUCCUGAGCCAAUCUGGCUUUCUGACCAAGUUCAAGACAAACACAAACCUGAUUGCCGGCCAGAACUUCCACCACUUCGAGGAUCGGCUGGCGAAUGGACAUGAUCAUGCAAACAACAACGGCGGUCGAAAUCAUGACGAUGACGACGACGACCACCCCCACGGAGCGACGGAGGAGGAACCGUUCGAGGAUAUCGUAUCGGAGAAGAUUAGCAAAAGCCGAACCUUCAAGCUGAAAAAUUACAUCGAGAACAUAUUGGAAAACUUCCAGAACCAUCAGAUACUGCACCCGCAGACGUGUAUCGAUUGUCGAACGUUUCCCCUGCUGGAUGACAUUGUGGUGAUCGUCGGAGCACUGAUCAAUCUGCAGAAACAGGAGAUCGAUUAAUCGAUCGGUGUGGAAGGUUUGUUCGAGCUAUCGAAAGGGAGGACGAUGAUGAUUGAAGGUUGGAUUUCAUGCGGAAACCACCGGAAUCCAGCAGACCGCCACGAAAGGUGGCGAACGCUUAGCGACGCUUUAGCCUACCGGGAACGUUCGACACACUCAUUACCGUUCGGUGAAGGUUGGAGAUCAGAGUGUGAGAGAAAGGAACCGUGAGGCGGGGAAAAGGAAAGGAGUAGUGGUAGGAGUUAGGUGCGUUACACAUUGUACAAUUCUCUUUCCGGGCGGAUGUCAUUGCAACAUCAUUCACUGCUUCUUUCCUGCGGUUUCAUUUUUGAAUCCUUCCUUUCGGCACCUUUCCUCUUCGAUUGGACACGCUGAAUUGGUGGUGCACUGCUGGAUAGGUUCUAGGAAUACAAUAUAUGAUUCUGUUUCCCGUUUUAUGUGUAA